AUGGAGGGAGAAGGAGAGGCAGAGAAACAAGAAAAGGUUGGUGGAAAAGAAGAAGAGAUGGAAGAAGAAGGAGAGAAUGAGCCAGCCAACCAGCUCGAUGGAUCAGAUGCCUAUCAACCAUUUCCUCCAUCAGCUCCAUCAGCUUCAUCAGCUCUACAAUGUGCUGAAACGCUGAGUCAUGCUGGUGCAGAAACAGGAAAUGAAGCUCCCAGAGACCUGACAGAAGAAGAGAAAGGCUCGGCCGCUGCCAGCCAACCAAACGGGGACAUUUAUCCCACAUGGCCGAGCCACGACAAAGAGCCGCAGACGGAGGGAGCUUCUCUCACACAAACCGCCUCCGUGACCGACUCGAGUCUGAGUCUGAGCGAGGAGGAAACACCGAGGUCGGAGGAGCCAGAGCGACUUGAAACGCCAUCGCUGACUUCCUCUUCUGGAGGACAUCGAGCGGAAACAGCAGCUGACGACAUCCGAGAUAUUACACCUGAACUACGGACAGGUUGCAGGCUGGAGCAGAAACAAGUGUCGUUGAUGGAUGCAGCUGCUGAGUCAUCGUUAACGGCUGACGAGAAAGCAAAAAGCUCAGUCCGUCCCCAAACUCAUCCAGCACAGGAAGCCCUGCGAUGGACGUGAAGGAGGACAAAGGAGACAAAGAGGAAGAAGGUAAAAACAAUGUGAACGGCGAGGCGGACGCAGCGGAGGACAAGAAGAAAGGCAGCGGCCAGACGUCAUUGUACAAAACUGUGUCCUACAGAAGGAUCCGUAGAGGAAACACCCGGCAGAGGAUUGAUGAGUUUGAGGCCAUGAUGGACUCGUGAUCAAACCAACCCUAAAUAUUGUCAAAGGGUUUAGUUCUGAUGGCUUUUUGUGUUCUUGUGCUUGAGGAUGACGACACCUAGUGGUAACCAACGCAUUCUCAUGAACGGGUUCGUUGAUAUCGAACAAAAAGUUACGUAGGCCUACAAUAAUUCCUAUGACAUCUUACAAAAUAGGCGCCUCCAUGCCGGCUGGUCACGUGACAACCAAUCACAGGAAAGUUAAGUUCAGUAGGCGGUCUUCACAGUUACAUUUAGCCAAGAAAAGGUUACAGGGAGCCCGGUGUCGUUUCAGGACCCGAUGCAGUUGAGUUUAGUUGACAAAAAGUGACUUUAAGUCGGGUAGAGAGCACCACAAGCUGUCGGUCAUUACAGGGACCGUGGCAGUUGAGUUUAGCCGACAAAAAGUGAGCGUUAUGCAGCGACGACAGUUAAGUCUCUAGGCACCAAAAUGACUAGUUAAGUUUAGGAAAAAGAUUGUGUUUAGUAGUACUCGUGCAGGACAUGGGGGUUGAACCCUCAGGUUUUAGGACCCACCCAUCCUCCCCAACAUCCUCACUCACUCACAAGUCACUAUGGUGCUGACAACAUAUGUGGAAAACAUAAGAAUUACAGUGCAUUACUUUUUCGUAGUGAUAUGUACGAAUGGUUUAUGAGAACAACUUGUGGUAACACAAAGAGAAAAGUAGUGGGUCAGGAUAGAGCCGUGUGGCACGCAAUAUUGAAAUGGAACUUUUCCGAUUUUGUGAAUGAAAGGCGCUAAAUACAUAUAUAUAUAUAUAUAUAUUAUUUGUUUGUAUAGCACCUAAAGGCCACAGGUUUGAGCUCUCAGUUAAUGAAAAUGUUUGUCAUCAAAGUGUCGUCCAGCAGAAUCAAAUCACUUCUAUUUUUGUAGCUGUUUGUUCACAGCACACCAUAUUUUGGGUACACCAUUUUCCAGAGCCUAUAAGUUAAGUGGCAUUUUUACAGAGUUAAGUCUACCAGGCAGACCCUAUUUGAGGAUGUGAUACCGGACAAUAAAAAUGUUUAAAACUGGUCUCAAAUCAAUUUUAUAUUUUAUUUUUCUUCACUGGUGGUAUUUUCAUUAACAGA